UGGGAUCAAUUUGGAGUGUCCAAUUAACACUGAGUAAUGGGGACCUGGUACAAUGGUUCAGGGCAUGUUUUUUUUGGCUGUGGUGGCUGCAGUUGGACAUAGUUGGGGACCUCGCGCCGUAGAUUGAGCACCUGUGCGCAUCAGGAAAUUCGUUUCCUGAUUGGCUGAGCGGCAGUUGUGGUUUCGCACAGAAACCACAGCAGAAGAGACAGAGAGUGCCGCGGUCUGAGGAAAGUAUCAAACUGCCACCUUGUUAAAAAGCGAGUCAUUUGUGCGUCCACGUGGAUAAUCGAUCAUGGAACUAUUGGUUCGAUAUCUGGAGAGGAGCAACUCGGUUAGCUCUGCUCUGACCUCAGAUACUGUGAAUGAGGAGAAACUGAGAGAUGACCUGAAGUUCUACUUCAUGAGUCCAUGUGAGAAGUACAGAGCCCGACAACACAAACCCUGGAAACUGGGAGUGCAGAUCCUGAAAAUUGUCAUGAUCACCACACAGCUCAUCCUGUUUGGCCUCAACAACCAGCUGGUGGUUUCCUAUAAGGAGGAGAACACCAUGACAUUCAAAUACCUGUUCUUAAAGGACUUCACCGGCGUGGAUGAGGACGACUACAGUGUUGCUGUCUAUACUCAACAGGGUGUCUAUGACAGUCUGUAUUAUGCACUAGAUAAGUACAGCCAGUUAGGCCGGCUCUCCACGGGUCCCAUCUCAUACGCUGAGGAUGAGGAUGGAAAACUGCUGCCACUCAUCAUCUGUAAAGAAUACUAUAAGAGGGGCAUGGUGGAGCCUUCAGAAGAAGCCUACGACAAAGACGCUCAGCUGGAGACAGUUUGUACAUCAUAUUAUCCGAACACCACAAACCUGCAUAAUUCAUCCUUUUUUGAUCUGGAUUUUUACAGGCUUGUUGACAUCAAAAUAACCUUCCAGCUGAAGGGAAUCAACCUGCAGACCGUGCGUUCAAGGGAGCUGCCUGACUGCUACUCGUUCUAUGUCAUGAUAAGAUUUGACAACCAUUGUCACAGUGGAAAGGUGAAACUAUUUCUGGACAUAGAUGCUCAGAGCAGUGCGUGCAGAGACUGGAAGAUAUCUGGAACGGCUCAGAAGAACACACACUAUCUCCUGAUAUUUGACGGCUUCGUUAUUGUGGUUUGCCUCACAUCAGCAGUGCUGUGUACCCGCUCUAUCAUUCUGGCUGUGAGGCUACUCCAGAGAUUCUCCCACUUCCUCCAUGAGAACUAUAAUCGCAAAGUGUGUGAGGACGAUCAGCGGGAGUUUCUGAAUGGCUGGUAUGUGCUUGUCAUCAUCAGUGACCUCAUGGCCAUAAUUGGAUCCAUACUAAAGAUGGAAAUACAAGCAAAGAGUCUGACUAGCUAUGACGUGUGCAGUAUCUUCCUGGGAACAUCUACAUUAAUGGUGUGGGUCGGCGUGAUCCGGUACCUGGGAUAUUUUCAGAAAUACAAUGUGCUGAUUUUAACUAUGCAAGCCGCUUUUCCCAAGGUCCUGCGUUUCUGCUGUUGUGCUGGCAUGAUAUACCUCGGCUACACCUUCUGUGGGUGGAUCGUACUGGGCCCAUACCAUGAGAAGUUUGAGGGCCUGAGUCUGGUGGCGGAAUGCCUGUUUUCUCUGGUGAACGGCGACGAUAUGUUCUCUACCUUCGCCCAAUUGAAGAACACAAACACGCUGGUGUGGCUCUUUAGCCGGGUGUAUCUCUACUCCUUCAUCUCCCUGUUCAUUUACAUGGUUCUGUCACUCUUCAUCGCCCUCAUCACAGAUGCCUACGAGACCAUCAAGAACUACCAGAGAGAUGGAUUCCCAUUGACAGACUUGCAGAAGUUCCUCACAGAGCAGAAAGAUUUCCCUGUUGUUGAGGAAAACAGUUUGACAGAUGUUCACAUCAGAAACACCGUGCUCUGCUGCUGUGAACGAGUUCCUGAAAAUGACAGCGUCAUACUAAUUGGCUGACAACUUUCCCACCUCUUGAUGAGAAGGUUUAGGGAGGAGGAGGAAGAGGAGGGUGCUGGGAACUGGACUGAUGAGCACUUUGGAUGGUUCUGCUGAGACUUCUAUGGAAUAUGUUGCAAUACCCUUGAGUCCAACAUGAAAGGAGUUCCCUCCAUUAAACAGGAAUGUGAAGCUCAGUUUGAAGAGCAGGAACUGGUACGAAGACCAGAAAAGUGUCAAAUGUUAUUUGACUGUUCCUGAGAUUUGGGAUGAGUUUACUGGGCCUUUUUUUUUAGGUAUGUAUAUGCAUUAGUUGCCAAAUAAGUCGAUUCACUGUUUUUGCAAUCACUGGGUCGAUGCAAUGCAGGAUUAGUUUGUCAAGUGUUAAAAUGGAGAUUGAGGUGAAGUCAGUAUUGUACGUACUGUAUGUAUUGUGUUUCCUUUUGUUCCUGCAAAUGUGCAACACCGUUAAGAUUAAUUUAUUUACAAAAUGAUUGUAUUACCUGUAAACCGGAUAUAAAAUGUUAAUCAAUGACACCACGGUAUAAUGACUCUCUUCUGUGUUUGGACAUUUGGAAGCAGUUUGGAAGCAUCAGUGUUUCAUAACACAUUAACAGCUGGGUAAAGAUUGAGAAAGAGGGGGUUUUGAAUGACUUCACUCUGACUAGAGCAUGACUCGAUUAAUCUGCCAGAACACUAAGAUGUUACAACAAGCUGGAGCUUGACUUCUCUCUUGGAGUGUGACUACUGUGUUUUUCACCUGAUAAAAAUCAAAGGAACAUGUUUUUUUUUUUUUUCUUUUAAACUCUUGAAUUUGAUCUGACAUGAGUUUAUCUAUUAUGAGGCCUCUAUCACGGCUGCCUCUUUGCAGUGUAAUGACUUCAAAAAGGUCUCUUGGCUGAUUUCAGUCUGUAUGGGUUAAAACGUCCGAUAAAAGCGUCAAAUGCCA